AAAAAUCGCGUUGCCCGCGCAGUUUUCUUUUUGUUGAUAUCGGGAGCGGACAGACCAAGAGGAAGCGGCUGUGCAAAAUUCGCAAAAAAAACAAAAAAAUCUUUAAAAAUAAAUUGUGAAGAGUGGAACUACUCGCUCCAAUACCAAUAGAACUGUACCAUGCCACGCACUAAAACUACGAAAAAACAAGCAGAGGCGGUGGCAUCCGAAGCCACUGUUCCCACUCCAAAUGGCAAUGGAAUUCCCGACGAAAACCAAGUUGCCGCCGAUGAAGCCAAAGUUCCGGCAAAGGGAAAGCCACGCUCGAAAAAAGCAAUUAAGGCGGUAGCUACGGAAAACUCCGCGGAAAUCGAGGUUGAAAAGGCGCCCACAGCAGCUGCACGUGGCAAGAAGAAGCAGCAGCCGAAGGAUACAGAAGAAAACGGGGAGGCCGAGGUGGUGGCCAAGCAGAAGGGACGCGCCAGGAAGGCGACUGCAGAAGAACCACCAGCUGGCAAGGUAUCCAAGCCGCGGGCCAAGAAGGAGACCACUCCUGCUCCCGAGGAAGAUGCACCGGCGCCUACUAAAGGACGAACCAAGAUCGAGAAGCCAACGGCUGCCCAGGACCCAAAGCCCAGAGGACGGAAGCGGAAGGAGCCGUCGGUAGAGGCCAAUGGCGAUCAGGAGGAACCAGCGGAGCCACCCAAGCGGCGCACGAAAAAAGAGACAGCACCGGCAAACGAGGAAGAGCCAGAACCAAUGGCACCCUCCGAAGAGAUGACCAAAAAAACAGAGGCAGCUGCCAAGCGGGCACGAGGUACAAAGCGACUGGCGGAUUCGGAGAUCGCAGCUGCCCUCGAGGAGGCUGAAGUGGAUGAGGAGCCACCAAAGGCCGGCAGAAAGGGGAACAAGAAGGUUAAGGCCGUGAAACCGGAACCCGAGAUUGUAGGUGAUUUCGAAAUAGUGUCAGAAGAACUAGAAGCUCCGCCAAAGGCAGCUGUCAAAAAACGAACCAUCAAAACAAAGGAUAGCGAAGCUGCAAAAGAAACAGAGCCCAAGGCUCCAGCUAAACCCACCAAGCAGCGCGCCAAGAAGGUGGCCAAAGAGGAUCUGCCGGCGCCCGUAAAAAAGCGCGGGCAGAAGGAAUCUAUCAAAAAGGAAAACGGUGCGGAUGCAGACACCGAGCCUUUGGUUGAAAGCAAACCAGUUCGAGGUCGGAAAAAGGCAGCAGCUAAGACGGAGGCUGUGGAAGGUGUUGAGGAUGCAGCAGCGCCUGCAGCUGAAAGCAAACCAGUUCGAAGCCGGAAAAGGGCAGCUGUUAAGGCUGAUGAUGCUGAAGAUGAUGAGGAUGUUGGCUCGAAAAGUAUGUUGGCGGAGCAAUCCGGUUGCGGUGGUGCUGCCGUAUUGAAAAGCUUGCAAAACAUGCUCAACUUUUGUUUUCCAGCAACCAAAGCAGCCAAAAAGGCGGAGGUAAAAUCCAAUGCGACAUUGGAUAAAGACGCUUUCGCUUUGCCAGUCGACAAGGAAUUCAACUUUAAAAUCUCUAGCUGGAAUGUGGCCGGCCUGAGAGCUUGGCUUAAAAAGGAUGGACUUCAGUUAAUAGACCUUGAGGAGCCAGACAUUUUCUGCCUGCAGGAGACUAAGUGCGCAAACGAUCAGCUACCGGAGGAGGUUACUCGCCUCCCGGGCUACCAUCCCUACUGGCUGUGCAUGCCCGGUGGCUACGCCGGCGUCGCCAUUUACAGCAAGAUUAUGCCCAUCAACGUCGAGUACGGUAUUGGCAACGAGGAGUUCGAUGACGUCGGACGCAUGAUUACGGCAGAGUACGAAAAGUUCUACUUGAUCAAUGUAUACGUUCCGAAUUCGGGACGAAAACUGGUUAAUUUGGAGCCGCGUAUGCGUUGGGAGAAAUCCUUCCAAGCGUACGUGCAAAAAUUAGAUUGCCUUAAGCCCGUGGUCAUUUGCGGCGACAUGAACGUCUCCCAUAUGCCCAUUGACCUUGAAAAUCCUAAGACCAACACCAAAAAUGCCGGCUUCACCCAGGAGGAGCGCGACAAGAUGACAGAGCUGCUGGGACUCGGUUUUGUGGACACAUUUAGGCAUUUGUAUCCCGAACGGAAGGGCGCUUACACCUUCUGGACUUACAUGGCAAAUGCACGGGCACGCAAUGUUGGCUGGCGACUCGACUAUUGCAUAGUCUCGGAACGAUUUGUCCCUAAGGUGGUGGAGCACGAGAUCCGCUCGCAAUGCCUAGGGAGCGAUCACUGUCCGAUCACUAUUUUCUUCAAUAUUUAGAUGAUUACUUUAUGUUUCUGUUUUUGUGGACUAAUUCAUUCCUCAUCAUUAAUUUGUUCCAGCUAAAUUUUUGUUUAUUAUAUUUAUUUAUCGAUGCCUGUACGAAUUGUACCGGCCGAUUUAAUUUGUUAAAUGCGUCAUUACUAUUAUGUUUUGUUGUAGUUCGACCAUCUUAAUUUGGUAUUUUUGAAUAAAGUAACCUACUCUCCCGUUCUAGA